CGCUCGCGUCUAACCACUCAUACCGCUCCCCCCUUCGCAGACGUGCGGCGGAGCGACCUCAAGCGCGCCGGCGUGUGGCCGGUUACCUCGAGCCUUAUCUCUCUUCGCGCUCGUGUCAAUUGACGGGGGCUUACAUCCACGUCCAGGGCACAUGUACAUCCUGUGUGUACAUCGUACGUAGUCCAGGACCAGUCCAGGACUCCAGAUUCUAUAUCAUCCUAUCCUUCCCCGGCCCACAUCUGCUCACUUCUGAUCUGAAGCUCCAACCGCAGACUCGGGCUCGCGUGACCUCCUGCCAACUCCCUCCCGCCUUGAUUCCUCCUGAGCUGGAUAGCAAUCCACGAUGGCCGACAACGAACUGCCCCAGGGCGACGGUGCUGUUGCCACGAGCGCGACCGAGAAAGAGACGGCAGCUACCGCAGCUGUGGAUUACUCCGAGGAGGCUACGGGAGACGUGACUCUACCACCGGGAUGGAUGUACAGACAGCGGCGCAUUGGGAAAUUCGUCAUUCCAUGGUACGCAUCGCCAAAGGUCCAGCUGGGGAUGGUCGCCUUCGUUUGCUUCAUGUGCCCUGGAAUGUUCAACGCGCUUGGAGGUAUGGGUGGUGCUGGGAAAACAGACCAGACCCUGGCAGACAACAUGAACACUGCCCUGUACUCGGCCUUCGCCGUGUUUGGUUUCUUCGGUGGGACAAUUGUUAACAGACUUGGGGUUAAAGUGACUUUGGCUUUUGGAGGAAUUGGAUACUGUCUCUACGCCAUCAGUUUGCUGGUUUCCGUGCAUGCCAGCGUUCGUGGAUUCAACAUCUUCGCCGGUGCGUGGCUCGGUAUUUGCGCAGGCCUGCUGUGGACUGCCCAGGGAACGAUCAUGAUCUCGUACCCAACUGAGGGUCAAAAGGGCAGAUAUUUUGCCUGGUUUUGGGGUAUAUUCAAUAUGGGUGCGGUCAUUGGAAGUUUGAUUCCCCUUGGCCAGAACAUCCAUGUUAAGACCAACAGCACCGUCACCGACGGUACCUACAUUGCCUUUAUUGUUCUCAUGUUCAUCGGUGCCUGCCUUGCCCUUUGCCUCUGCAACGCAUCAGAUGUCGUCCGUGUUGAUGGCAGCCGUGUGAUUAUGAUGAAGAAUCCUAGCUGGCAAUCUGAGUUCAUCGGACUCUGGGAAACCAUCCGAUUCGAGCCUUUCGUCAUCCUGCUCUUCCCCAUGUUCUGGUCCUCGAACUGGUUCUAUACCUACCAACAGAACGCCGUCAAUGGUGCCCGAUUUUCUACCCGUACCAAGGCGCUCAACAGCCUUUUGUACUACCUGGCACAAAUCAUCGCCGCGAUCAUAUUGGGUUAUGCUCUUGAUGUCGACAAGAUCCGUCGUACUGUCCGAGCCAAGAUUGCUUGGGGAACGCUCUUUGUCUUGACCAUGGUCAUCUGGGGAGGCGGCUACGCUUACGAGAAGACGUACACUCGCGACUCCGUCAACCCCAAGUUGAACCCUAACUUUGUCCCAACUGAUUGGACGUCCUCGGGCUAUGUUGGCCCUAUGUUUCUCUACAUCUUCUACGGCUUCUACGAUGCUCUCUGGCAAGCCACCGUCUACUGGUUCAUGGGAGCGCUCUCCAACUCCGGUCGUCGAUCGGCAAACUACGUCGGUUUCUACAAAGGCAUGCAGUCCGCUGGAGCAGCCGUGAUGUUCUCUCUCGACAGCCACAAGAUCUCCUACGUGGCUGAAUUUGCCAGCAACUGGGGUCUGCUAGCAGGCUCCCUCGUUGUCGCCGCUCCCGUCAUCUUCUGGAAGAUCAAGGACCAUGUUUCUGUGGAGGAAGAUUUGGUGGGUACUGAUGAGACCCUCGCCGAUGUCGUGCCCACGGAUCAUAUCGAGAAGCACGAGACCUAG